AUGGCGAAGACGAAGACAACCAAGCAAGCAAAACAAUCGCUCAAGUCGUCGAAAGCCAUGGCCAAUGGACAGGCUCGACCAAAGGAGACGCCAGAGCAACUAUACGCCACUGCACUUGAUCUUCUCGAACAGUCAUCACCGGACGAGGCGUUGAAGAAAGCAGAGCAGCUAUGGAAGCAAGUGCAGAACAGCUCCGUGGCAGAAGCCCUACCAGCGCUGAACCUUCUCGGCGAGAUCAAUGUCGAGCUCGGUGCCAUCGAUGAAGCACGCAUUUAUUUCGAGGAAGCGGUCAAACUUGACCCGGAUGGCAAAGUGCCAGAGAGCAUGGGUGGUGGCGCUGAGAAGUUUCUAUGGCUCGCUCAGCUGUGCGAGGAAGGCGGUCAAGUGAGUGUGCAGUGGUUCGAGAUGGGUGUCACCGCCUUACAGCACGAGAUUGCCGCUGUGGAAGGUGGCCAGAUGAAUGGCUUAGACGAGGAAGCACUUCUGAUGUUACGUGUGGAGAAGAAGAGGAAGCUAGCUAAUGCGCUGUGUGGUAUGGUGGAGGUCUACAUGACUGACUUGUCCUGGGAGGACGAUGCAGAAGCACGAUGCGAGAAUUUAGUCAUGGAGGCCAUGACCGUGGAGGACGAAACCAGUCCGGAAGUGCUGCAGACUUUGGCUUCUGUCAGAUUGUCACAAGAUCGCAAAGACGACGCACAAGCAGCGUUGUCACGCUCGCUCCAGAUCUGGAGAGAUCUCGACCCUGAGGACCCGGCCGUACCAGACUUCCCAACACGCAUAUCGUUGGCCAGACUGCUCAUGGAAGCUGAAAUGGAGACGGAUGCGAUGCACGUCUUGCAGCGAUUAGUGCAGGACGACGACCAGAGCGUUGAAGCAUGGUAUCUUGGCGGGUGGUGCCAAUAUCUAGUGGCGGAGAAGAUGAGAUCAGCUGCCAACAGCCACUCAAUGACAGAUGCAUCGAAAUUUGAUACUGCCGAAGUUGCGCUCAGGGGAAGCCGUAACUGGUUGAAUAUGGCGCUGAAGCUGUACAAUCAGCUCGACUAUGAAGAUGAUCGCCUUCUCGAGCAUGCCGACGAGAUCGUGGCUGCUCUUGACAAGCUACUUGGUCCGGAAGAGAAAGUAGCCGAAGGUGGAGCUGAUGAUGAGUGGGAAGAAUGGGACGGAAUCGAGGAUGGUGCUGAUGAGGAAGCCGUGGAUGAGGAUGACGAGAUGAAAGACUUGUGA